AUGCUCAUCCUCCAGACGACGUGGAUCCUCGAGGGACCCCUCAUGCUCAGCUACGGCGUCGUGGAUUGGGCUGUGAAAUCCCUUCCACUUCGUCUCACCGGCGGUGUCGACCUUCUGAUCAACAAGCGCAUGAAGGUUGUUCUGUGGGUUUUUCGACUCAUCCACGGCGCUUUUGCCCUGUGUAUUUGGAUCGUCAUUAUGAUGGAGCCGUCCAGGCUGCAGUGCACGGAGGAGACUUUUCUUGAUGUCGGACCAAUAAAAAUAGCAGUCGGAAGCACUGCUGUCCAAAUCGUGUUCAUUCUCGCGAGUCGCUAUUAG